CCGGAGUACACUCGCUUACCGGCAUCCAUCCACACUACACACAGUGAGAGAGUGAGACAGGGCGCAAGCUCGACAAACACCCGCAAAUAACGCCACGGUGUUACACAGUGUAUUAGAUAUAUAUAUAUACAUAUAUACAGAUAGAUAAAUAGAUAAAUGCAUACACAUACUUCUAUAGUUUAGUUGUUGUUAGAACAACAAUUACCCCUAUCACAGCGUCAUCGAGUGUUGUGCAGACAUACAUUGUUCGGGUCAGCCGACGGUCUUUCAUUUAAUCGUUUUUGACGGUCGUAAUUUACCGUGAGUGUAUUAUUGUUUGUGACUAUUCAAUUUUUUUACGCUCAUUCAAAGUUUCAAAAUUUUGUUUUUAAUUUUUUUUUUUUUAUUUUUUUUUAUUUUUUUUUUUUUUUGACGUUUAAAAAAUGACAGAAAGUUAUUCUUGAUGUAUAAGUGCGUCGAUGUAUGUCAGACUUAAAUUGCAGUGUCGAUAAAUCAAUAAAAAAAAAAAAAAAACAGUAAUUAUUUAAACGAUUGGUUUAAGUAAAAGAUAGUUUUAAUUGUCGUGGUUUGUGAACAAUUAAGUGCAGUGUUGAGCGCGAGAGCGCUGCGAGGGCUGGGUGACCGUCGAUAGUCUAUCGAUGGUGUGAAAUUUGACAGCCGCGCGUGAACACUAACCCGGUUAUCUCUAUGACAAUGCUUCAGUCGCAAAAACUGUACAGCGAGGCUGGUAGCCUCGGUAACGCCAUGACCAGCGCGACUAUGUCAAGUAUGGGCAGCAUGGCGCCAACGUACAGUUCUAUUAACUCAAUGGGUUGUGUGUCGAUGGGUAUGACCAUGGGUGUUGGUCCCAGUUGCAGCCCGCAGGGGGCCAGUGGGUUUAACAUGAGUACGAUGAGUCCCAUGGGAAUGGCAUCUAUGGGAGGUGGUGGAAUGGGUGGCUAUGGAAGCGCCGCGAUGGGCGGUGGAGGCGCCUGCAUGACUCCCGUCGGAUACGUCGGCGGGACUCCGACGUCUCGCGAUCCUCUGUCUCUUGCUGAGCCGGACUCACCAAACUCGGCGCUUCAACGUGCGCGUAAUGACAAAUCAUACAGACGUAAUUACACUCAUGCAAAACCUCCAUACUCUUAUAUAAGUCUCAUAACCAUGGCAAUACAAAAUGCCCCUUCAAAGAUGCUUACACUAGCUGAAAUUUAUCAAUUCAUAAUGGAUCUCUUUCCCUUCUACCGAACGAAUCAGCAGCGUUGGCAAAAUUCAAUCAGGCAUUCUCUCAGCUUCAACGACUGCUUUGUCAAAGUCGCCCGGACUCCUGACAAACCCGGAAAGGGCUCAUUCUGGACUCUGCACCCCGAGAGCGGCAACAUGUUCGAGAACGGAUGCUAUCUGCGUCGUCAAAAACGAUUCAAAGACGAGAAGAAAGAGCAGGCGAGACAAACAACGAAGCACCAGCACCCACAUCAUUCUGGGGGUGCUACUGGUCACAGCAGUCCUACGUCUCACGAUCUCGGUCACGCAGGUAAAAAAACCGGGUCAUCACUUCAUCAUACCGUAACUCAUCAAUCUGAUGAUAAAGAUCUCCAUUCACUCGUAUCCUCGCAUCACCAUCAUGCGACGGGACUUCAUCAACAUCACGGCGGCAUUAAAAGUGACGCUAAUGAUAUUGGUGGUUUAUUAGGACCGGACCUGGGCGCCACACACGACGAGUUGGCUGCCAUGGUAGGCCGCAGUCUUCAUCCUCAUCUACUCAGCGACCCAACGGCUCUUCACCACGGGAUGGCAGGCAGUUUGAAGCAGGAGCCGCCUUACACCGCUGCAAAUCAUCCCUUCAGUAUCACGAGGUUACUUCCGGGUGAGACAGCAGCAACAUCUCCUGGUGCCCAGGACAGAAAGCACCCGGAUCUAAAGAUGUACGAGCAAUUGCACCAAAGUUACGCCAACUACGGCUCGCCACAUCACCACCCGCACUCGGGGCCACCUUCUCACCAUCAUCACAACGGAAUGCACUCCGGUCCCAACUCAGUCGCUACCAUGCACAACAUGUCGAAUCAUCACCAAGACUACUACCAGCCACCGCUGUACCACCACGCGACCAGCGUCUCCAGCAGCAGCGUACCACCCACCGUCUCUUCAUCAGCGGCACCAGGAUUGUGACAUCACGCCACCCACCCGUACGCACUUGCCUGAGUCGCCGUUGCAGCGGCCCACCAAGCCGCGUGCACCAACGACAACGCUGACGACAGUAGAUCUCUAAUGCAUAGAUCCAGUGUGCUAGCGCGUGCGGAUCAUCGUAUUGAUGACAGACACGAAAUUCAUCAUCCACAUCCACAUCCACAUCAACAGCAACAGCAACAGCAGCAUCAACAUAUCAGCUGGCACGUCAUUGCUGGCGUAGAAGAUGAUCCCGAGGACGAGGAUGACCACGACCACAAUCCCGGAAGUUCUUACUCAGAGGACGUUUGAACUUUUCAUGAUAACGAUGAUGAUUUCUAUCAAUUUAAUAAGUAUCGUACUAAAUAAGGUUUAAAAACAACAUUUACUAAAUAAUAACAGCGUUCUUCACUUGCUAUUACGCGACUGAGCAGACACACCUUCUUUUCGUUGGUUUUAGUUUUUUUAUUGCAGAGUAAUUACUGCUACCGAGUAAUUUAAAUAGUUUAAAUUUGAAUUAUUGUUUCUUCGUUUUGUUAUUUUACUUACUCUUAUAUUAUUACUACUAUUAUUAUUACUUCUAUUAUUAUUAUGAUCAUUAUUAUUAUUAUUAUUAAUGUAAAUGCUAAUCGAUGGACAAUCUAUAUGCUUACAAAUGUUGCUUAGAUUAAUUUUAAAUUGAGGUACUGUACAUGGAGUUAUAGAUGAAGAAAAUAAUUUAUAAUUAAAUGUUUAAUUACAAGAAAAAUUGAGUUUUAGAUAAUGUUCGUAUGUAUGUUGAUUUGAGUAAUAUAAAACUUGUCAUCGCUUAUGAUACCGAUAUCUAAUUUUGAGAUUGCCUGAGAUAUCUUACACUAAACAGGCUUUGAUAUCUCGGUUUUAUAAACUUUAAAUCAAAUUAAUUACGCUUAAUAAUUUUCUGUAAUUAUUAUAACUUUUUUUUCUCAUUUUUAUUUUUCUCAAUUCAAAUAAUUAAUUAGUAUCAAUGGUAAAAAAAAAAAGAAAAGAAUGAUACUGGUUAGCCGACGUCUAAUUAUUUUUGGAUUAUUUUUUAAAAUGGUAAAUUUGAAAAAAAAAAAAAUUUUGAAAAAAUUGCACCUGUAGUUUUUAUAAUUUUCUACAUGUGUAUUUUUUUAAUUUUUUUUUUUUUACAAUUAAUUUAUUAAAAAAAACGAAAAUUGUUAAUUGUCUGUCAAUUUAUGAGUGUGAAAAUAGCAGACAUCAGACAAAUUUAAAAUUAUAAAUAAAUAGAGUAAAUAAUUAAAAAAAAAAUAUUUAAAAAAAUGGACUUAUUAAUUGUUAAAUUUUCUAAACGCGCAUUUUUUAAAAAUUUAAUUUUUCUAAUUAUUUAGUCUAUUUAUUAAUAAUUUAAAAUUUGUCUGAUGUAGUCUGCUGCAUUCACAUUCAUGUAAAUUUCAGAAUCAUAAAAAGAAAAAAAAAUACUUUCGCACGAAUUUACUUUCCGUCCGGUCAUUUAAUUGCCUCCGAAUAAAUGUAAUUGUUGUAAUACAUAAUUAAAUUUAUAAAUUAUAAAAUACGCUAUCGGUGCUCUAAACUACUCACGGUCAGUAAGAAAAAAACGAUUAGCAAAAAUUGUGAUAUGCUCGCGAAAAAUAAAAAAAAAUUAUAAUUAUAUAAAUUAUAAGUAAAUAAAAAAAAUAUAUAAAUUUACCGGGAGGUAUGUUUGUAUUAAUGAACGUUUAAUUGACGCUACCAACGAUAAAAAUAAAUUUAAAUAAAAAAUAUUUAAAAAAAAUGAGUAAAGUUGUUCUCUCGAAAACACAUGUCCAGUGUUUUUUUUGUAUGAUAAUGUAGAUAGUCGCACAACGUAACGUGUAUCAUGUACAUUAUUAUUGUAUGUUAUAAAGAGUUCUAUAUAAAUAUAUAAAUAUAAAUAUAUAAAUAAAAAAUAAAUAUAUAAAUAAAUUUAAAUAGAUACUAUAUAAAUAUAUUAAAUAUUAAAUAAAUAAAGUAACUUAAAAUAUAAGUAAAAUAAAUACAAUCUAUAUUAGACGCAAAUACCUAAUACGCAUACGCAUCUCGUGUCCUUGUGUACUCCGUCAGCGGUGCGUCUCCAGAUCUUUGUAUGUAAAAAAAAUAAAUAAUUAAUAAAUUAAUUAAUUAAAUAUCAGUAGAUAAAUGAAUUAAUUUAUUGAUAUUCAAGUGAAGGAGUCGUACCUCUGCGUUCUUGUAUUUCGGUGACGAAAUUUAAAAACAAUUGUAAAUACUAAUUACCGACUCAGAGGCCAUCGUCAUUAUAAUUGUCGCAUAUUUUUAUUUUUAUUAUUAUUAUUAUUAUUAUUAUUAUUAUCUUAGUUCUUAUAAUUAUUAGAAUUAAUUAUUAUUUACUAUUAUUUUAUCGCAAGCAAUUGAGCGUAUGGAAAAUAUGUCAGGAUUUUAUCAAAUAACUUUUGAUUAAUUAUCGUCUCGGGAGAUCUAGUCUCUUCGACCUUCCUCUCAUUGCUAAUUAUUGUGUUAAAAGUAAAAUAAAGGACGAUUAACAAUGCCACUAAGGAGAUGUACAUGUUUCAAUAAAUUUACGUAUUUCUACGAAUCAAG